UUUCUCCUCCGGUCGCUGCGUCCUCUCUCUCUCUCUCUCUCUCUCUCUCUCUCUCUCUCUCUCAACCCCUCGUUCUUUGUUAUUUUAGAUCAUUUGCUUCCGUACACACGAAGACUGGAAAACAAAUCUCUCUGAUCGAAAACGAUCGGAUCGGACUCUGGUGUUAGGGCUUUCGUUCGUCCAGAUUGCGGGUGAAAAAGAUGGGGCAACAAUCGUUGAUCUACAGCUUCGUCGCUCGCGGCACGGUGAUCCUCGUCGAGUACACCGAGUUCAAGGGCAAUUUCACCUCCGUCGCCGCUCAGUGCCUCCAGAAGCUUCCGUCUUCGAACAACAAGUUUACCUACAAUUGCGAUGGUCACACGUUCAAUUACCUCGUUGAAAAUGGCUUCACUUAUUGUGUUGUGGCUGUUGAAUCCGUCGGGAGGCAGAUUCCAAUGGCGUUCCUGGAACGAGUUAAGGAGGAUUUUAACAAGAGAUAUGGUGGAGGAAAAGCUGCAACUGCUCAAGCCAACAGCUUGAACAGAGAGUUUGGGUCUAAACUGAAGGAGCACAUGCAGUACUGUGUGGAUCACCCCGAGGAGAUCAGCAAACUUGCCAAGGUGAAAGCCCAGGUGACCGAAGUUAAGGGUGUUAUGAUGGAAAACAUCGAGAAGGUCCUUGACCGUGGUGAGAAAAUUGAGCUUUUGGUGGACAAAACCGAGAACCUCCGCUCGCAAGCGCAAGAUUUCAGAACACAAGGAACCAAGAUGAGAAGAAAGAUGUGGCUGCAGAACAUGAAGAUAAAGCUCAUAGUAUUGGGCAUCAUCAUUGCCUUGGUCCUCAUCAUGGUUUUGUCGAUUUGCCAUGGCUUCAAGUGUACCUAGUUUGCCACUUACGCUGAUCGGAACUCCUCCCCGGUAAAUUUGCACGUUCGUUCUACCACUAUUCUUCUAUCUACGUUAGAUGGGUAUGCCCUUUUUCUUUAUUUCGUUUACCAGUGUUCAUGCUAGUGCAACCGUGUAACACUGGAAAUGAUCCUGAUGGAUCAAUGUUUGAAACAGAUGUAAAAACUUUUGGUCGGUUUGGUUAGUAGGUUAGGGGAUUUGUGUUUCGUGAGCGUGUAAUCUUUUUGUCGAAUGAUCCUUUUUAUUGAAGAUA